AUGCAUCGGAGACAUCCCUCUGAACGGCACAGCCGCCAGCUUUCACUGGCGCAGACAGACUGCAAAGAGCCUCCAGAUUGCUGCCUGAGUGAGUCUUUUACCUCCCCGUCCUGCACGCUGGGUGUUGACCUGCGCCGGGGCCGGCGUCGUUUCUCAGGCAACCUGCAGCUACCGCCAUUGUCAUGGCGUCAGGGGGAGAGGUCACGGACACCUGAUGACGAAAUCAUGGCGAGACCAACGUCCUUGCCCUUUGGAGCUCCGCCCAGAAUAGACAUCACGCCGGUUGAUCCUGAGUGGUAA